AUGACCUGGCCGGCCCGGCCCCGGCCAGCAGCCGCGCCAGCUUCAAAGCCCGCCUCUGUCUGCAAACGCGGCGGCGGCGGCGGCUGGGCUGGGCGCUCACUGCGCCGCGAAAACUGGCCCGCCCCCACCUACUGGGCCACCGUUCCGCCCUGCCUUGUGCUGUUCUCUGCUGCGGCCGAUAUCUGGCUCGCGGUGCAGCCGCUCUCUGUAAAGGCCCGCCGCACUCGCGCUAGCUCCGGAAAUAUUCACCGCCAGGAGACCCGCGCCGGCUCGCCUCCAGUGAACUACGGCUGCGUCGCCUCGGCGCUGCGCGGACCGCCUGCAUUCGCGGCCCCGAGGCGGGUCUGGGCGUGGGCGUGGGCCUUCAGAGGUAGCGCCCUGGGCUGGGCGUGUGCCGCCGCCGCCGCCGCCGCCGCCGCCGCCGCCGUGAAUCGCGUGCCUGCCGCGCGUCCCGCAGGGGCCAGUGCUGGCGCCGCCGCUGUGGCCGCGGAAAUAACUCGCGACGGCGGAAGUUAG